AUGACACGCAUCAGCACGCGCACACAGCCCCAGUUAUCCGAAUCCUGGGCAGACAUGGACGAUUCUCAAACAGAGGACGAAGAAUUCAAGCCACGUCUUCGUGAAGCCUACUACAAUUCUCACAAAUCUGCUACUUUGUCGGCUCCACGAAGCCCAGCCGACUCUCGCGAAAAUCCAUCGCAGAAUCACCCUUCUCCCACUCGUCGCAAACGGAAUGCUUCCCAGAUAAGCCAAUCAACCGAGUUCGUCAUGCCUACGCCUGAAUCCAGUGGUUAUCUUGAGACUCCUCCGACCAGAGCUACGAGACAGUCUCCAAGACCUGCCGUGAGAGCAUCCGCCAUUCGCAAAUCUGUGCCUGUCAAGCGUGCUGCUCCAGUCGUUCAACCAUCAAGGCGCAAGCCCAUCAAGUCCACUGCUCAGGAUGCUUCACCAGACUAUGUUCAGUACGCCUGGUCAAAUCUUGUGCUUCCUUUGCUCAGAUAUGUCUUGUCUGUCUUCUCUAUUGCUGCACAUGCUCUCAAACCACUUCUUGGUUAUACUUUGAUCGUACUUCUCAUGGCAGUUGGUAUGGGUAUCGCCAAGACUAUGGUGGUACACAGCGUCACUAAUGCUCUAUCACCACUGUGCAACAUCCCAGGAGCUGGCUACUUCAACCUGCCCUUCUGCGACAUCGGCCAUUAUGAUGGCCACAGAGGUCCUGUCGAGUUUGACAAGCUGGUCAUCACUCAGUCGAACUUCGAGGAUAUCCUAGAAGCUUCUGUUCAUCAAGCUGCUCUGCCCCUGGCUAUGAAGAACUCUGAAUUGUCUAUUCGUGAUCUCCGUACAGUGGUCAAGCACUCCAGCUUGGGCUCGCGCAAUGAGCUCGUCAAUGAGUUCGAUGGCUUCAUCGAGACAGCUCGUCAAGCUAGCGAUGGUCUGUCGCAAUUCAAUUCGAGAAUCUCAAGAGCGCUGGAUGGUAUACUUUCUGCCAACCGCUGGACUAUGAAAGUGCUUCAGGGCAUUGAGGCCACGCCAGACUCUGAGGGUAUCAUUCCUCGAUUCUUCGCGCAGUACUUUCCGGCAUUCUCUUUGACCAUACCUCAACACUCUCCAGAAGAUGUGAUCUACGACCAGUACAUUCGCCACACCUCUGAGGUCGAAGAGCAGAUUCAGGUCUGCAUCCUGGAAGCCAACACCCUUCUCGAGGUCCUCGAGAACCUUGACGAUCGCCUCCAUCAAAUUCAAGACAUCGCCCAUCGUGAAGACCUCAAAGUCGGCGAUGCCAAAGCUGAGCUACUGGCCCUUCUAUGGACAAAACUUGGCGGUAACAGAGGUCCGCUGGCCAAACAAGAGCAGCAACUCGCAACCUUAAACGACGUUAGCAGAUACCGCAAGACCGCUAUGCAGCACGUCAUCUCAACACUUGUCAAACUCAAGGAUAUCGAGAACAAUCUGAGUCAACUGAGAGACGAUGUUGCUGCGCCCACUAUAGUGGAUAGAAGGAGGAUGCCAUUGGAAAUGCAUAUCGAUUUGAUCAGCUCUGCUGUUGAUCGAUUGCAGACAGUCAGAGAUGAGGGGCGCAAGGAGAAGGAGAAGAUGCUGCAGGGCACUCUUCACCAGAUCAACGAGCAUUCUGCUGACAAGAGAAUUGCGCAGUAA